AUGUCGGGAAAUUUGCACAAUGAUUAUUUAUUGUUGGAUGGGAGACUCCAUGUCGUGGUAAGAGCCGAUACUAUGCAUUUAACAACCUUAAGAAUGCGUCGUAUGGCGUCCUUGUUGUUAAUCUGGUAGUCUCAUUGUUCUCCGUUCCGUUCUUCCCAGGAGCCAUGAAGGCUGUACCAGUUGUCCUCAUCCCCUUGGCUCACAUUAUCAUUGCACUGGGUAUCUACAAGAAGAUCUCACACAUCGUCCAUGCUGCUAUGGGACUUUUCGUAAGCUUUGAUACACUUACGCAAAUUUUCAGAUUGUAUCGUACCUAGGCGGUUUGAUCACCUCAAUUAUCUUGCUUUUCAUGGAAGUUUCUGCUCCGCGCCGAGGAAGUUACAAACUUUACUUACUACAUGUGAGUACACUAUCAGCUGUACUCACCAACACCCUGAUUAUUCUGCUCUAUCUUCUGAGGAAAGUCAGUAAUUACAUCCGAGAAGAUUACAAUACUCUUCGAAGUGAGCCCAUCUAA